GUCUCUACCCAAGACUCUAACCAAAAUAAAUCCCAAUCCAACUCCCCCCAAACACUCAUGGGACAGGCUGCAAGUUCCCUCUUCUCAAGAAGUGCUCAGGAUAUUCCAGCCGGCUGCCCCCGUAUUCUUGAAGGUGCCUGUCGUGACUCACGUCUUCCUCGGCAAAAGUGGCUCCAGCCGAGGCCGAUGGAGGAUUCUAACAACCGGACGGAAGUGAUCCUGCUGGCGUGCGGCUCCUUCAACCCCAUCACCAACAUGCACCUUCGGCUUUUUGAACUGGCCAGAGAUCACCUGCAGGAAACAGGGAAAUACAAAGUAGUGAAAGGGAUUAUUUCACCUGUGGGGGACGCCUAUCUGAAGAAGGGCCUGAUCAGCGCCAGUCACCGAGUGGCCAUGGCGAGGCUCGCUGCAGAAAACUCAGACUGGCUGGAAGUCGACGACUGGGAAAGCAGCCAGAAAGAGUGGCAAGAAACCAUCAAAGUCCUCAGGCAUCACCACCAGAAGCUGAAGCAUUCCUACUCUGCCAACAGCGUGGAAGAUGCUCGUCUUCCAAACAGAACUAGCCGGAAGAGAAAGCACACAGCGGGCAGCCAGCUCCCCGUUCGAAUGAAUCAACCCAAACGGAAAUGCCUCCCCCAGCUGAAGAUGCUGUGCGGAACCGACGUUCUGGAGUCCUUCGCCGUGCCCAGCCUCUGGAAGCCGGAAGACAUCCAGGAAAUCGUCUCCAAGCACGGCAUGGUUUGCGUCACCAGGCUGGGGAACCACGCCCAGAAGUUCAUCUACGAAUCGGACACCCUGUGGAAGCACAAGGAGAACAUCGACCUGGUGGAGGAAUGGAUCACCAAUGAUAUCUCGGCUACCAAGAUACGGAGAGCCCUCAGGAGGGGCCAGAGCAUACGCUACCUAGUGCCCGACAGGGUCCAGGCCUACAUCCAAGAGCAUAACUUGUACACUGCCGAGACCGAAGACCAGAACGCAGGGGUGACCCUCGCCCCUUUGCAGAGAAAUGCAUGAGAGUAUCAAUUUUUGAUGGGCACCAGGACGGAAUGGAGAGAAAGAGAAGGAAUCGGGGCAGAUUGGCUGCAGGUUUAGCUGCUGUCUCCUCCCUGGUGGAAUCCCCUUGCAUGCCCUGUUUGAAUUUUGGAAAGCGAUCUGCUUAGCAGCCCAAAUGACCACAAACUGGCUUGUUUGCGUGUGACUUGCAGAAAACUGGCAAAUUCAACCCGGAGCUUCUGCAGAGGAAACAAAGAGGUGACGGAACGGUCGCAGCUCCGCCCUCCCAUCUGCUUGCCGAGCUCCUGUUCUCCCACCGUGGAGAUUCAGAGCUGGCUGAAAACAGCCUUUGGCUGCUAGCUUUGAUGUCCCGCUCUGGUUUCAAGCAGAACGGGUGCAGAAUACGGCUCGGCUUUGAAUCGAUGGCUGGCCACCUCCGCAUGGCGGUUUGUAUGUGACUCUGAGGCCUGCUUCUCAUUUCUUAGCCCUGAUGAGGUCCUGUUUUUAGCCCCUUGCUCCUUGCACACAUACACACACACAUACACACGCGCGCAUGCCCAAACUGAAACAUGUGAACUGCGCAGAUGCGGGGACAUACACAUGCAUGCAUGCGGAGGUGCGCAGCAGAGUCCCGAAGACCAGCUGGCCAGCGGGAGGCAGGGCAGCAAGGGGUGAGAUCUUUUUCUUUCGUGAGCUUCUUUCUCAUCGUUUGCAGGGACAGAGAAGCUCACGGGAAAAAAAAACGCCAUGGAGAUCUGACUUGGUGCAACGGUGCACGUGCCACCGGUUUGCCAUCCCGGGCCUACAUCUUUUGGAAAGUUUAAUAUCUACCUCGCCCGGUUUUCUUAGUACUGCAGUCUGGCUCACUUGAAAUACACCGUUUAGGGUCGGGGUGGGGGGGGGGAGAGGAUGCCACCCUAUGUGCCUCGUUCAAUUGACACACUAAAGUACUUUCUUAGUUGUAAAUAUGAGCCGUAAACCGUGCGGGCAUUUCAAACCAUCUGCCAAAGGUGACCUCAGAAUGUAACUUUUUAAAGUGCUGGGUCUAUCAUUGAAGAGUUUAGCCCUGUUGGAUGGUUAAUAAGCCUACAUUAAAAAAAACAAAACCAACAUCCACGCAGAUAACAAACACUAGGCAAACCUUUAUUAUAAUGUAGCAGUUUUCUACAAACAUGGAUUAUUAUUUUUUAAUUAUGGUUAGAGCAUCCAAAUCAUGUAAGCCAUGCAGACUGAUCAUGUGGGGGGUUAUUUUGGCCAUCAGGAAGAUAACAAAGGUGGUCUUUCCUGCGUGGCCACAGUUGUUUCAUAUCUCCGUAAACUACCAAACCUAGUUUAUCUUCUGUGGUUUCCACUCAGCAGCUCAUUGUAUAUAUCCUAGGAUUUUUUUUUUCAUCCCCUAAAUCAGUGGGUUUUUUUUCCCCAAACUUGGCAUCUUUCAGAUGGGUGGA